UCUUAACACAUAUGAAUCCUGGUUCAUAGGACCUACACAAAUUACAUUAAGCCACAAGCAAACAAGGUUUCCAGGCAAAAGGGUCAACUUAACACAUGCAGACCUAGUUGCUUUACAAUUCACUUCUUUUUAUUUAUAUAUAUCUUUAAUAAAAGCAAUAAAGCAAAGCUAAAAGAAGCCUUGAAAAUAAAAACAAUUUAUCAGAAGCCAAUGGAAGAAACUGGGCUUCUCCAUAAAGCAAAUCCACUAACAUUUCCAUACCUUACCUCCCCUUUAAACUCAUCCCUUCUUUCACACCAAGUUUAGCAUCAUCCCCUUCUCCUUCGCCACCAAGAAAAACAUUAGUUCCAUUGCCACCCCAUCCUACAUAAUAGAAUGUACACUUGUUCAUUUUCCCAUUUGUAUUGGAAGACAAGUUCCCAAACAUUCAAAACUUUCCCUUAAAAACAAGAAAGAAAGAGAAGAAAUGAGUGCAGAUUGGGGACCAGUCAUUGUUUCAGUAGUUUUAUUCAUAUUGUUGUCACCAGGGUUGUUGUUCCAGCUACCAGCAAGGACUCGAGUGAUAGAGUUUGGUAAUAUGUGCACAAGUGGGAUAGCCAUCCUAGUUCAUGCUGUCAUAUAUUUCUGCAUAAUCACUAUCUUGAUGGUGGCUAUUGGUAUUCACAUACAUAUUAACUGAUCCAAACUCUCAAGAAAAGGGUACCUCUUUGUUUCUUUUUUUUUUUUUUCAUUGGCUCUCAUUUGUUUUUUACUUACAAGAAGCUUAUGUUCUAGUUUCUUCCAUGUUAUAAACCUACUUCCCCUUUUGUUUUUUCACUAUUUUGUUCAUUGUUGUUUGCAAGAGAAAUCUUGACAGUGUAAUAAUGAAAGCUAUAUCAUGACAAGGUGGUCCAAUUUGUACGAAAUUUAUUCAGGCUAAAGAUCUUUGAUAA